AUGAGGAAUGCAGGAUUCCGCAUCACCCCGCCUGCAAUCACAGUUCCGAGUCAGCAACGAUGGUCCCAUAACAUUCCCCCGAGCAGAGGUCCUCUGACUGGCGUUCGUAUUCUGGACCUGACUCGGGUUUUGGCAGGGCCAUUCUGUACUCAGAUCCUCGCUGAUUACGGCGCCGACGUGUUGAAGGUUGAAAAUCCGAAGGGAGGGGAUGAUACGCGAAGGUGGAAAACCGCCGCAGAAAAAGACAUUUGGAAAUCCACCGCGAAUGAUAUUUCAGCUUACUUCUGCGGUGUGAACCGCAACAAACGUUCGAUCACUCUGAAUUUCAAGGAAGCGCAGGGCCGCAAAGUUUUGUUCCGACUUGUAAAAAAUGCGGAUGUCUUAGUCGACAAUUUCGUGCCAGGAAAAAUGGAGGAACUGGGGAUGGGAUACGAAAAACUUCGUUCAAUCAACCCCUCAAUCAUCCAUGCUAGCGUCUCCGGUUACGGAGCAAGCGGCCCGUACGCCCAUCGCGCGGGGUACGAUGCGAUAGCUGCAGCAGAGGCGGGCUUGCUGCACAUCACUGGUGAAAAGGACGGUCCUCCGACGCGGCCAGGUUUAGGUCUUACAGACAUGAGCACCGGGCUAUAUCUCCAUGGUGCAAUUCUGGCUGCGUUGUUUGCUCGCCAGAAAAAUGGCAAAGGGCAAAAGAUCGAUGCAUCUCUAUAUGAAAGCCAAGUAUCUUUGCUGUCCAAUGUUGCAAUGUCUUGGUUGAACGGAGGAGUGGAAGCUCAGCGCUGGGGUACAGAACAUCCUAGCAUCGUUCCAUACCAGGCCUUUCAAACCAAAAAUUCGUACAUCGUCCUCGGUGCUACCAAUGAUCGCCAAUAUCAGGUCCUUUGUCAAUUGAUCGACCGACACGAUUUAGCAGAAGAUCCUCGCUUCACCAGCAACGACGCUCGAGUGGAAAACCGGGAUGAGCUGAUGAAAAUUCUGAAAGCCAUCAUAAGGCAAAGGUCAACAGACCAAUGGCUUGAAGUUCUCGAGGGCAGCGGGAUGCCAUACGGGCCAAUAAACACUGUGGAGAAGGUGUUCUCCCACCCCCAGACAGACGCUAGAGAAAUGGUUCACAAUAUACCCUACAGUGCAGCAUCUUCUGGGCAGAUUAAGGUUCUUGGUUCGUUGUACUCCAUAUUCUUUGUGUUACUAUUUACCACCAAGGCUAUUUGGUGCAUCUAG